AGCAGAGCAGAGAGCGAACAUGAACGAAGGAAGCGGGGGAUUAUCUGGAGGAGGAAAGACGUUUCUAUAGAUUAAGCUUCCUAAUUAGGUGAGCUCGUGCGGUGGCUCGAACAUGGCUGCGGCUGCGACAAGUGACGGCCAGCGUGAUACGGCCGAAAUGGAGGAAAAGCAAGCCGAGCCCAGCACCACCACGGAGUACUGCGCCCGGCUGCAGCAGUGGAUGUGGCAUCAUUACUGGAGCUAUGCGAACUGGCAGAGCUGGAUGGCCCUGGCUGCCUUUCCUUUCCCCCCGCCGUGCAGCUUCCCUCAGCCGGGAGCAGGCGCCCAGACACCCGCUGCACCUGCUCCAACCCCCGGCCAGCAGCCCUUUGACACCCGACACUGGUACACCUACCCGUACCCCUUCAGUUUCCCUGCGCCGCCCUACACGGCUGGUGCCCAGGCGGAGCAGCGGACCUCAGCUGCCACCUCGACUCCGCCAAAUGAUGCCAGGGCAGCCCAGCAGCAGAAUGGGAACCCACCUCAAGCAGGACGGGAGUACACCAUCCCUUAUCCCCUCCAGAGGUUCCUAGCAGAGACGGUGGACUUCUUUAUCCUGUUUUGCGUGAAGGCCACCAUUGUGCUGUGGAUCAUGCACCUGAGUGGGAUGAAGGACAUUGCCAAAUUCAUUACUCACUUCAUAGUGGAGGAGAUAGAUGAGAACACGUCGAUGGAGGACCUGCAGAAGAUGAUGGCUGUGGCUCUUGUCUACAGGGUGCUGGUGUGCUUCUAUGAGAUAAUCUGUAUCUGGGGAGCAGGCGGAGCCACACCGGGGAAGUUCCUGCUCGGCCUGCGGGUGGUGACAUGUGACACGUCCACUCUGGUUCGACCCAACCGCGUCCUGGUGGUCCCGGCGUCCAAUGUCUCCCUCUCUGCCUCUACUGUUCGGGCUCUGAACAAGAACUUCUCCAUCGCCUUCCUCUUCCCUGUCUUCAUCACCCUGCUCUUCUUCCAACACAACAGGACUGUUUAUGACAUUGUGGCAGGAACCAUUGUCGUCCAGCGCAGGGGGGGCAGAUAGCGUCUCCUCCGGCCGCAGACUCUUGUACUCGGCAGGAGUAUUGACAAUGUGUGACGUGCUCAACUGUGCUGAAUAUGCUGAAGUAAAUUAAAAGCCGUUACCCCUGGACUAGCACUGCAGACAGCAUUGCAUCGGCCAGUUUCUACACCGGACCUUUGUGGUGUAAUGGAUCAAACCUGUUGGACUCUAACUGCACUUCAAAAUGGGACAGAUCACGGCCUGGUGCAGUGCCUGGAACCAGAAGAACACAUCUUUACAUCCCUCAGUUUAGGGAAAAUAAUUUGACAAAAAAGCAAAUUCUGUCCAAGUGUCAGCAAACUUUCUGAAGUAUUGUCAUUUUUGAGAGUCAAAAAGUGUGUUCAGGUCAAAAGAAUGCUGGUCAAAGUUACAGUGAGAUCCUGACUUGCCUCAUUUAACAUAUUAAUCUUUAUUAAGUUAUGUAGUGGUAUCUUAAUAAUGUAAUAUUCGGCAUAAUGUUUUUUUUUUUUUAAAAAAUCAUGUUCUUUACAGAGGUUUUUAUUUGUUUAUUUAAUGUCUGCUAUUUCUUUUCUCUUCAACCAAUUAUAGUAUGAACUCAGUUUCUAAUGGGUUGGUUUUUGUGUUUUAUAUUUAUUAUUCUUAAGCACUCCAACUGAAGAAGACAAAGGAAAAAAAUGCUAAGCAUACUUGUAUUUGUUCUUUGUGCUUCUGGAUAUGGUUAUGAAAACGUCUUCUUUUGAUAUCUAUCCACCGUGGUGCGCUGUUCAGUGCUGAGUAACUUUGUCAGUUUUCUGCAAGGUGUAAUACGGACGCAGGGAACGCUGUGCUCAUGCCCCCCCGCUCAUGUUCUCUGUCCUCAGACCUGUAAACCUUGUGACUCAGGGCAACAUUUUACCUUCAGAGAGCCGCUGUUUGUCUCCAAAUGCAUGACCGAAUGUGACGGCUCGCGUCAUUCACUUGCGCACAACGAAACCCCUGAAUCCUCCCGUCUCCUGGUAUUACAUGUAGGGCCGCAUAUUCCUGACUUAUUUACACAGAAUGUUGACUUUGCAAUUCAAUUUAGAGCCAUACUCUGGGUCCACAGUAUUAAACAUAAAAUGAAUGACCACUUA